AUGGACUCUCCUCCUCCUCCUCCUCAACCUUCCGACCGGUACCGGAAUUGGCUGGAUCUUCCCUUUGACGUGACACCGUCGAUACUCCGAAGACUCAACGUCGUCGAGAUCCUGACCAGCGCCCAAAUGGUGUGCUUGCACUGGUGUAAAGUCUGCAAGGACGCCUCCAUGUGGCGCACCGUCAACAUGGGCCACUUCGGGGACUCAUGGAGGUACGGGCUCUACGACCUCAGGAAGAUCUGCCGCCGCGCAGUCGAUCUCAGUUGCGGCCAGUUGGUGAGGAUCGAAGUCGGCUGCUUUUGUGACAACAAUCUUCUCAAGUAUAUUACUGAACGCUGUGGGCCGCAGUUGUCCCCAUUCGAAAUCACUCACAUUGAGAAGGUUGAAUGGGAUGAUCUUUUCAAAGAGAGUAAUCUUUUGGCAGUAGCUAUUGCAGAGAACAUGCCUGGAUUACUCAGCCUCCUACUUAAUGGGAAUAGGCUGACUGAUGAUGGCGUGCAGGCCAUUCUUGAAGGUUGUCCUCGCCUUCAAUCACUGCAAAUUCAGCAUUGUCGCUGUCAAGGAUACGUUACCUUAAUACUCGGCUUGAUAUAUUGCCCUUAA